AUGACAAAAUUAUCAAUCGUGGUCCCCUGCCUCCUUGCCAAUGGUGUAAUGCUUUUAAAAUGGAAAGAUGAGACUCAAGGAAUGUGCUGCAGUAGUGGUAAAGUUCAACUUUCUAAGCUUGGCCUCCAUCCUGAACCUUUACACAGCUUAUUGACUCAUCAGGAUCCAUUGUCAGAACAUUUUCUAAAAAAUACCCGUAAGUAUAAUGGAUGUUUCCAAAUGACAUCUUUUGGAGCCAAAGAGGUAAGAGAAGGAAAUUUUAUGCCAACUUUCAAAGUUCAAGGGCAGGUUUAUCACAGAAUAGGCAGCUUGAUGUCUGAACCUAACCAAAAGCCUUCUUUUCUUCAAAUAUACUUUGUUGGUGAUGAAUGUCAUGAAAGAGACAUCCGUUGUAGAAUUUAUCCUGGCGUUUAUCCGGAAUUAGUUCAUCAAUUGCAGAAGUUGUUAUAUCAGCAUAACAAAUAUCUUAAGGAUUUUAAGGCUGCAAUAGAUUCAAUUCCUAAAGAUCAAAAAGACUUCAAAGUAAUAAUUAAUGCUGACAGAAAACCGGCUGGAGAACAUAAGGGCCGUUUUAAUGCUCCUCAGGCAAAAGAAGUUGCGGUUCUCAUUGUCGGACAGGAUUUCGAAAAAAGAGACAUUGUUCUUCACAGUAGAGACAAUAAGUUGAUGCGAAUUAGUGAAACACACCGCUCAUAUGAUGCUUUACAAUAUCCUUUGAUGUUCUGUUAUGGAGAAGAUGGCUAUCACAUCAAUAUAUCUAAGCGUGACGAGACGACUAAACUGCCUCUCGAUAAGACAGUAUCUGCUUCAGAAUUUUACAGCUUUAGGAUUAUGGAGCGUGAGAAUGAAGUGUGCUAUUUAUUGCGAUUCCGCAAUCUUUUAAAUCAAUUUUUAGUUGACAUGUACGCAAAAAUUGAGACUGAAAGACUUGACUAUAUUCGUAACAACCAAAAACAACUGAGAAGUGAGGAAUACGUUCACUUGAAAGAUGCUUUGUCAAAAAAUGAUGAACAAUUAUCAAAAAUGGGAAAAAUGGUUGUGUUGCCUUCUUCUUUUACUGGAGGACCCCGUUACAUGCAUGAGCGAACUCAAGAUGCAAUGACCUAUGUACGUCAUUAUGGACGGCCAGAUUUAUUUAAAACAUUCACCUGCAAUCCUAAGUGGCCGGAAAUAACGCAGCUUUUGAGUGAAGGUCAACAGUCUUAUGAUAGACAUGACAUCGUAGCGAGGGUUUUCAAUGUGGAAGUGAAACAUAUGAUAAAACUUCUUACAGUAGGUCGUAUCUUUGGUGACACAAGGUGUCACAUGUACACCAUAGAAUGGCAAAAACGUGGACUCCCUCAUGUUCAUAUUCUAUUAUGGUUAGAAGAGAAAAUGAGACCAGAGUCUAUUGACCAAAUUAUCUGCGCUGAGUUACCUGAUCCAGACAUAAAUCCAGAUCUUUAUCAAACUAUCAAGACAACCAUGGUUCACGGUUAUGACCCAGAUUUUACUUUUU